CACAAAACUUACCAACAUAGUGGUAGUGCCAGACCUAAGCUCGCAUACAUAUGAUAAUAGUACAAAUAAUAUGAUACAAAUCUGAAAAUAAAGUGAAUAAUUGGCAGUGUUUGGGGAAAAUUAAAUGUUGCAGCUUCAUUUUUCAUGUCGGAACUCUUUUUUUUGCCCGGACGGACACACCGGAAGUCUCCCCCACAUUGAAUCGUAACAAACGAUUUGAGACGUUAGCGUCACUAAACGUCUCCCGAAAUGACGGACAGAUACAACAUCCACAGCCAGCUGGAGCACCUCCAGUCCAAGUACAUCGGCACCGGGCACGCAGACACCAGCAAGUGGGAAUGGUUGGUGAAUCAACACCGGGACUCGUAUUGCUCCUACAUGGGACACUUUGACCUCCUCAACUACUUCUCUGUGGCCGAGAACGAGAGCAAAGCGCGCGUCCGCUUCAACCUGAUGGAGAAGAUGCUGCAGCCCUGUGGACCACCGGCAGACAAACCUGACGACGCCUAAACAGACACUUUUUUUCUUUUUUUUUUUUUACUUGCACAGAUCACACCUGGACUAGGCUUCAUAAGGAGUCCUGGACCUUGAGGCUCUGCAGCUAUUUGUGUUUUAUGUUACUUGAGCCACAUUUUGUAAGCACGAAGAAAAAUGCAAGUUUAUGGCUUUGGUGCAUGUUUUAAACAACUAUCGCGCAUUGCUUAUUGAUUUUUUUUUUUUUUUAAUUAAAUUCAAUUUUCUCACCAACUGCCUGCAUUGUAAGUUAUAUUUAGUCACGAUAUUUAUACACUUGCAGGAGUUUGCAAUAAACUUGCGGUGUCCAAA